CCGGCUUCUCUGUGCAAGCAGUAAACGCAUUGGCUACAAAACCUUUAGUUUUAAAGAAUGGCAUGGCUAUUGUUCUGGUUGAUCCCCGAUAGAAAUAUUAGGUUAAUAUAUACCAGAUACUUCCUUCACAACCCUUUUUAUAAUUUGUAUAACCCUUUUUAAAAUACAAGCGUCCAUAGCUUUGCUUUCAACGGGGCUUUUAUCUUGAAACCUGUCCGCAGACGUUGUUUUGGAGUCUCUCAUUAACGGAACCUUCACUGAACCUGCUGAAGCAGUAGCAGCGGAGAAAACGGGUACCGCAUCCAUUGUUAUUUAUUUCACUUUAUAUUCUGGAUGACGACAACGCAUCUCUGAAAAGGACCCUCCGAAGCGGACUACCCACCAUGUCGGCUGAGGAGGAGAGGGGGGUAGUUCGUGUCAAAGUCAAGAAGUGUGAAGGGGUGUUACCGGUGGAGUUCCGCUCAUUUGCUGUAGAUCCUCAAAUAACCUCUCUGGAGGUGUUGCAACAUAUACUGAUACGAGCCUUUGAGCUGAAUGGGAAACGCAAUUUUGGGAUUAGUUACCUGUCCCGUGAUCGCGGAGGUUCGGAGGUGUUUGUGUCUCUGCUGUCCGACUGGGAUCUAGAUGCAGCGUUUGUCAGUGCAGCAAAGCCAUUCCUCCAACUCAAAGUGGACAUUAAACCAUCAGAGGACAGUCCAGUAUUGGAGGACUGGGACAUAAUCAGUCCUAAAGAUGUGAUUGGCUCAGACCAGCUGCAGGGAGAGAAGAGGUCAUUGGUAUCCGCCGCACUUCCCUUCACACAAACGCUUCUGUCCCAGGUGGGCCGCACCCUGUCACGGGUACAGCAGGCCUUGAGUUGGUCCUAUGGGGAAGAGAUGAAACCGUUCAAGCCUCCUUUAAGUGAUACUGAAUUUCACAGCUACAUGAACAGUCAAGGUCAGCUGACCAGGCCGGAAGAACUCAGACUUCGUAUUUAUCAUGGAGGGGUUGAGCCAUCUUUACGCAAGGUUGUAUGGCGAUAUCUCCUCAACGUGUAUCCAGAUGGUCUGACGGGGCAGGAAAGAAUGGACUACAUGAAGAGAAAGACAAGAGAAUAUGACCAGCUUAAGAGCGAGUGGAAGUCACGAGUCAGCCCAGAGGAUCUAGAGUUCAUUCGGGGAAACGUUCUAAAGGACGUUCUCAGAACUGAUCGAGCGCAUCCUUACUACGCCGGCUCCGAAGACAGCCCUCAUCUCACAGCCUUGACUGAUCUCCUCACCACCUUUGCUAUAACACACCCACAGGUGUCUUAUUGCCAAGGCAUGAGCGAUAUUGCCUCGCCGAUCCUUGCGGUCAUGGACAACGAGGCUCACGCCUUCAUCUGCUUCUGCGGCAUUAUGAAGCGCCUCGAGGGCAAUUUCCGUCCUGACGGCCAGCUCAUGUCCAUUAAGUUCCAGCAUCUCAAAUUGCUUCUGCAGUAUUCAGACCCUGAGUUUUACGCCUACCUAGUCUCUAAAGGUGCAGACGACCUGUUUUUCUGUUACCGCUGGCUGCUCCUUGAGCUGAAGCGUGAAUUCGCUUUCGAUGAUGCUUUGCGAAUGCUGGAGGUCACCUGGAGCUCUUUGCCACCUGACCCACCCGAGACUGAGGUGGAGCUUCUGGGGCCGCCGCUUGAGGCAGACCAGUCCACAGGCUCACGGGAUGUCCAUCAAAAUGUGGAAAUGGAGGUGGAAGAGGAGCAGACGGAACAGCAGAGGAGACGACACAUGCUGAGACCGUCCCGAGAAGAGGCAGAUGGAGGUCGUAAUCCGGUUGUGGAGGAGGAGAAGGGUUCGCGAAGGGAAGGCGAGGGAGGUUACAGCGUGGAUAAUACUGUCAAGAAGAAUGAUGAUGUCACAGCUCCAGUACCACCGUUUGAAAAACAAGCCAGCUUUGGGGAGUUUAAGUACUAUUGCAGUCGUACUGAGGAUAGUUUUGAAGAGAACGAUUGCUCUGAUUCCACAUCAUCUCCAGUGCAGUUUCAGUCGGCGCACUCCACGUUGCCGUUCUCCAUCCGCCAGUUCACAGAGGAAAGCGAGGGGGAUCCUGGAGAGCAGGAACCGCUUAUCAACGGUAACUGCACACCCUCAUCUCCAGGCCAGAGAGACUCUCCCAACGGUCAGGCAGCUUCCCCAGAAUCUGGUCUGCCAAACUGGAAAAGUAACUCCAGUCAAUCACUGGAAGCUUCUAAUUCACCGUCCAGCUGGCGAACAGCGUCUCCCGACGCCCUGUCAAAAUGCACAUCCUCCUCAUCAAGUGGCGAUAAAGCGGCAUCUCCCGAGAAAGCCCCCGGAGGGUUCGCGUCCUCACAAACUGGAGCCGGGGCUCAAUCUCCAUCAGUGCUCCCUGGGAAAUCUUCAUUGGCAUCUCCAUCCCAGGGUUACACUCGUUCUCUUCUCUCUUCCCCAGUUUUAUCCUUCGGCAAGUCGCCCAAACCGUUCUCCAGCAAUCUCCCCUCCCCGUGCAAACCCACGGGAACCGGUGCAAGCUCUCCAAACACAACCAAACCGGAAGGCGGCGGAAUGAAACCAUGCUCACUGCCUCCUCCACAAGAGUUCGGGAAAGGGAAUCCUUUUAUGCUGUUUCUUUGUCUUUCCAUUCUGCUGGAGCACCGGGAUCACAUUGUUAAAAACAGCUUGGAUUAUAACGAGCUGGCCAUGCACUUUGACCGCUUGGUCCGCCGACACAACCUUGGGCGUAUUCUGCAGCGAGCUAAAGCGCUUUUCGCAGAUUACCUUCAGAGUGAGGUAUGGGACUCUGAGGAAGGCGAUGAAGUCAGCUUGGACUCACCGGCUACUGCUGCGGCAUCCCCUCAGACCCCCAGCACUAGACCCCCUUUCCUCAAUGUACAGCCCUCUCAGGGUACGUUCCCAAAUUCAACGUACAAUCUGGCAAAUACUAUUCCUUCCCCGACUGUUCCCAUUGCUCUUUCUCCCUCAGCUUCAUGAUUGAUUCAUCUCCAGCAACCGGGCCCCGACAACAAAUAGACGCUCGUGUCGUAACACAAGCAGGUUUUUCAGCACACCUUUGUGUUCUACACAUGAUCUAUGGGACUUGUUUUGUUUUGAAACCAAAGCUCGAUGACUUUCUGAUUUUCCUGUUUACCGGCCCUGUCGUUGUACUGUACCUUUUUUAUUGCACUUUAUUUUUGUCCUUUGAAAGGACAGGCCAGUUUGGGUUUCAUUUCAAUUUGUAAAUACUGUAACACUUUUGAAAUGAUACUUUGAGAAAGGCACAUUAUGAAAAUGUAAACCCCUUUAUAUUAACCUCAAGUAUCUGCGUAUGUUUGUUGAACUUAUUGCCAGCAGCAAAUGUGAUUUUGGUAUACUGAUUAUUGUCCAGUGUGCUUUAUGAAACCUUAAGCCUUGACUUUUGUUUUUGCAAAACGUUUUAACGGGACAUCUGGCUUUCAGUACAGGACGAAUGUGCUGAUGUGGUAUUAAGUGUCCCAUUAAUGUGAAACGUUUAUAGAACAGAUAAAAGUCAGACCCAAUCUUGA